GCUGAAUGGACAUGUUAUAAAGGCCUCGAUUGUCAAAGGAAGUAUCAUUCUCCAGGUCUCUUGUCUCUCAGCAUAAGCCUGAGAUCAUUUGAUCUGGAAUCCUUCUACUCUUUUUUCAAUCUACCUCUCCCAGAAACCACCAGCCAGCGUACAAGUUCUCACUUUUGAACCAGCAAGAUGGCGAUGACUGGCUCCAAAUUGAUCAUGAGUAUACUCAUAGCAUUAGCUGUGGUGGCAGCGGUUGACGCUCAACUGUCUGAAUCUUUCUACGCAGCUAAGUGCCCGAAAGGUCCUGCCAAGGUUGCCGAAGUUAUCAAGAGUUGGGUAGCCAGGGACAGGACUUUGGCACCAGCACUCCUCCGACUGCACUUCCAUGACUGCUUCGUCCGGGGAUGUGAUGGCUCUGUGCUUCUCGAUGGUCCCAAGAGCGAGAAGAAUGCAGGAGGAAACAAGGGUUCACUUCGUGGAUUUGAUGUGAUCGACGAUGUGAAGGCUAAAGUCGAAGCUUUGUGCCCUGGCGUGGUGUCUUGCUCUGAUAUCCUUGCCCUUGCUGCCCGUGAUGCUAUCGUUGCGAUGGGAGGAACCAAUUGGACCGUUCCUCUUGGUCGACGAGACGGAGUCCUCUCUAUUCAGUCUGAAGCUGACGCAGAUUUGCCAUCUCCAUUCGCAUCCUUUGCUGCCUUGUCCAGCAGCUUUGCCAAGAAAGGUCUCAACACUAAGGACCUAGUGGUGCUUUCCGGUUCACACACUGUUGGACUUGCACAGUGCGCAGUCAUGCAGACUCGUCUGUACAACUUUUCAACCACAGUGAAAACGGACCCAGCUUUGGAACCUAGCUUUGCCGCUGCGUUGAAGAGGCAGUGCAAGCAAGGUGAUCUGACCAAAAAGAUCAAGAUGGACCAGACGAAAGCAGUUGACUCCUGGGAUGCUAAUUACUACUCGAAUGUCGUCAGAGGAAAGUCUUUGUUCACAUCCGAUGAUCAGCUGAAGAGAAACUCCGCAAGUUUGAAAAUCGUGCAACAGAUGAACAGGGCCCCAUCUCCUUUCAAUACUGAAUUUGGAGCUGCUAUGGUUAAGAUGGGAAGGAUUGGCGUGCUUACCGGCACCAGUGGUCAGAUUCGUAAGAAGUGUAACGUCAAGAAUUAGAUUUUUGCAGAUAUAAGACUUUUCACCUAAUUAAUUUGGAACUUUUCAUGCGCUUAAGUCCGAGUAGAUUGAUAGCUCUCGAUACCUAGCAACAGAUAGAGGUAGAGGUUAAAUUCGUUCACAACAAACAGGUUACAAUCGAGUCAUCUGGCUAGAGAUUGUUUCUGUUAGCCACCUUAAUUUCACAGCUUUAGAUUCUACUAGCCCUGAUUUGAAACUUCUGUUCUCAGAUACAUAGUAGUAACCUGCAUAUUGAAAUACAGAGGCACUAUGAUCCGAUAAGUGUACUCCAGGCUCUCUUCUGGAAACACAUCUGAACCUGACUGAGGCCUUGGAAGAGCUAAGUCAGCUAUGAAAAAUUAGCUCACUAAGUGGCUGUCAUUCUUUGCGGUGCUUUUCAUUCAAAGCAUCUGCUAAAGCUUCCGGUGUUUGCUCAGCCGGAAGCAGCUGAAUAAAACAACAAAAGUUCAGCUUAUGAAGACGAAGGGUGCAAUUUUUUGAAGCGUUCCGAAGGCAAAUAAUUUCUCCAAGCCUGUCUAUGGGAACCUCUCGAGUCCCCACCGUUGCAUGAGCAGAAUGAAGAGAACAAAUCAUUGUAGAACCGGUCCUGGAGAGAAGCUCAUGUGCCAACCGAGCCAGCAUCAUGCUGAGCUCUUGAG